UCAUACCCGUCCAAUUACAUGGACCAAAUGAAGCCAAACAAAUACGGUGUCAUUUAUUCUACACCGAGUAUGUUGCACAAUAAAUUCUACUCAAACCCUGAAGGACUAUCAAAUGGAAUCCAGAUGGAGCCAGUCGACCUUACGGUGAACAAACGGAGCUCACCACCUUCAACUGGAAGUUCUCCUUCUCCCCUGAAAUUUCAGACUGUGCAUAGGAGAACUUCACCUGGAUUGACUCUGUCCUCACCCAGUUCACCUCUCAGUAAAUUCACACCAUCACCCCCUGGAGUACAGCCUAUUUCCAUGCCAAUAACAAUCCCACCUGUAAUGGCUGCUGCUCUUUCACGCCACGGACUGAGGAGCCCUGGAAUACUCCCAGUGAUACAGCCAGUUGUGGUCCAGCCAGUUCCUUUUAUGUACGCCCCCCAUCUUCAGCAGCCCAUCAUGGUGUCCACAGUUCUUGCAGAUGAGAUGGAAACUCCAAGUAGCAUGCCAGUGCCUGUCAUUGAAUCUUAUGAGAAGCCUACACUGAAAAAGACAAUCAAAGUAGAGCCAGGAAGUGAACCAUCAAAGACUGACUUCUAUCCUGAAGAAAUGUCACCUCCAAUGAUGACCUCAUUGUCUCCUCAGCAAGUAAUGGUGCAAGAGAAUCACCCUUCGGUUAUAGUUCAGCCGGGAAAGAGACCUUUACCUGUGGAAUCUCCAGACACACAAAGAAAACGCAGAAUACAUCGAUGCGAUUAUGAAGGCUGCAACAAAGUCUAUACUAAAAGCUCUCACCUGAAAGCUCACAGAAGAACCCAUACAGGUGAAAAGCCAUACAAGUGCACGUGGGAGGGGUGCACGUGGAAGUUUGCUCGCUCUGACGAACUGACGCGGCACUUCCGCAAGCACACGGGCAUCAAACCCUUCCAGUGCCCAGACUGCGACCGCAGCUUCUCGCGCUCGGACCACCUCGCCCUCCACAGGAAACGCCACAUGCUCGUCUGAGCGGCUGCUCUCCCUGACUCCUCUCACUCUUCUGUUUUUUGUACACACACAUUUUAGUUUGGAUUCAGCUGGUCUGAAUCUCUGAGUUUAUACCAUUAAAAGCUUACCUAUGGUCAGUAACAGGUGUUAUCUAACCCUUCUAUGUCCUUGCCACGGGUCAGACCUAAAGAAUGUGAACGUUUGUUUUUGUUUUUGUUUUUUUUCUCCAGGGGAUGCUAAGCAAACCCUUUCUGCAGACAGUAUGUUUAAUGUAUUCCAUUGUGAAUAAGGGAAUUUGAAAACUAAUAGCUUCUGUUGGUUUCUUCAUAUAAUCAACCCAGCAUAUACUGAUGAAGUAGUAAAAGUUACAGAAUAUCCA